AGUACAUAAACAUUAUGUUUUUGUAGUUGGUUGCCUUCACCAACAUUUUAGUGAAAAUGGCUUGAAAUUUACCUAAAUAAAGUAUCUUCUGUCUCUCAAAAUGAAGGGCAACGAUCAAAUAAAAAAGAAAAAUAACAUUUAAUAGCUCAUUCCUGCACCAAACACAAAUAAAUCGUGGUUUGUAAGGUAGAAUGUGAUACUCCCUUCUCUUUCCCCGAUCAGCCAUCUUUGCGCAUUGUAUUCCGGUUGCGAAGGCGUGCGGGCGGGGAUUACGGGAUAUUUCCUAGGUUUAAGCCUUCUGUCAUCAUCGGGGCUGAGAGGAGACACUCACAUUUAGUAUGUCUUUGAAAAGAAUUAAUAAGGAGCUACAAGACCUCGGUCGUGAUCCGCCAGCACAAUGCUCUGCAGGGCCUGUAGGAGACGAUUUGUUUCACUGGCAGGCGACAAUUAUGGGCCCGCCCGACAGUCCGUACCAGGGAGGCGUCUUCUUCCUCACCAUACACUUUCCCACAGAUUAUCCCUUCAAACCUCCAAAGGUGGCUUUUACCACUCGAAUUUACCACCCUAACAUAAACAGCAACGGUAGCAUAUGUUUGGACAUUCUGCGCUCGCAGUGGUCGCCCGCCCUCACCAUUUCCAAAGUGUUGCUGUCCAUUUGUUCGCUGCUGUGUGACCCAAACCCGGACGAUCCUCUCGUACCGGAGAUCGCGCGCGUCUAUAAAACCGACCGGGACAAGUAUAACGAGGUUGCCCGCGAGUGGACGCGCAAGUACGCGAUGUGAUAGAAGACUAGCUGUAGCCGCGCCGAUCUGACUGCACGGCCCGGAGCCCGGGCGCCCCUCUGAAACACCCCUCCUCUGGCCUCUCCAGUAGCACACUCUUGUCUGUUUGCCGCCUAUCCCCACCUCUUCCCGUCUCUUUUUGGUUUCGUUUGGGUGAAGUUGGUAUUGUAUCUCGUGUUUAUUCAAUUUUAUGUCGUCAUGUUUCCCUGGCUCGCACCUGAACAUGGAGUUAGCUGGUGGUGAUCUGUCGUAGGCACGUGCCAUUCUGUCGCGCACACCUCUAAUGCUAGCUCAGCAAGACGGCUCUUGAAUCCAUCGGUAUAUCUGGUAUAGAGCAGCACCCCACAAACACCUGUACGUCACAGGGGCUCUCGUUUCGUCUUGAAGGAAAGUGAUGAUCAGAGAACCUCCUGUAUGGAAUUCAGGCACUAGGUCAGGUUCUGAAGGACCAGGAUGAUUCGUGGGACGCAUCUCGGGUUUCGAUAGCAAUCACCGAAGUGUCCGGAAGUGUCCAAUUUCUCCGUGUGUAUUUGUUUGGAAGGGGUCCCGUCUCACAGUGUGCUAGAGUUUGAAUAAUCAGAAGGAAUAUGUGCGCUAUGUAAAAGUUCUGUCUUGGUCUCUGCCGCUCGCCAGCUUAGAGAUAUCUCAUCCAGUUAUUCACCGUGGUUGUUCGUAUCUUAGGUUGUAUUUAUGUUUAAUCUAAACCUUAAUAUCUAGGAUCUAGUGAUUUAUCUGCCAUUCUCUCUCCUUUUUCUCUCCCCUCGCCGUUUUCUCUGUCCUAUCUGUCCUCGGGGCGAAGGGUUCCGGCCGGUCAGAUGGUUCGCGUCCCGGCCGCGUGGCGGCGCCACCAGCGGCGGCCGCGCGCGACCACGCAAACAACUUCUUUUAAUGCGCGUCGGAGGCUCGCGAAGGCGGCUGGGUGCUCGCGCUGUCUCACUCCCUCCCAUCCUCACCGACCAUCUCCUCCUCCUCCCCCUCUCCGUCUGGUCCUUUCCUCUGCCUCGUUCGUCUCCCCAUCCUCCCAGGUCGUCUUCUACUGAACACAUGUCUCUUCUACGCUCAGCGUCAACUGUGCUGACGAACCGCCGCCCGCCAGUGACGGACUCGAGAGUGUUCUCACUCCAGGCGGCUCUCUAUUGUCCUCAAACAUCCCCCUCCCUAAAGUCAACCGGCCGGCGCCCGCAGUGGCGGCCGUCAUUUUGUACAGUGUGUGGUAGCGCCGCCGCCUCCGCCUCCGCCGUCGGCCAAGAGUUAGGAACUAUUAACUCUUGAGUGGUGCUUUCGGUCGCCUCAGUCCUGAGCGCUGUGCUGUCCCGCGCGCGUGAGUGUGUCGCCCCUCGGUUUCGGUCGUUUGUUGUUUCGAUUACUGUCUGCUGUGUGAAAAACCCCGCUGGAUGAUCACAGAUUGUAUCUCCGGAGCGGGAGGCGCCGUUGAAGAAAACACGGCGUUGUCAUGGCGACCGGCGCCGCGCGCGCUCCACCAGUCGGCGCCAUGUUUUGGCGCGUGAUUUGAAUAAAAUGCGCGCGAAAUGGGAGCGCCUGCAGAACUAACGGGCGAGCCGAUCACUGGAUACCUAUCUGUUGCGCCGGACAAUUUAAAUAAAGCGUAUUCCGUACACAGUACAUGA